CGAGGACGCUCCCGACGUAGUUGACGUAACUUUUUUGACGCCGGCGUAAAUUCGCAUGACGCAGAAGACGUAAAACUGAGGACGCUCCUGUUCAGCUUUUUCGCCCGCGACGCGCGCGUUUAGCCAAUAGCUGACUGAAUUCGGAUCACGUGUCAUGAUCUGCUCCAAAGUUUUGUUUACAGCUUUCAACAUGGCGGCUGCGUUUAACGACGAAAUACUUAUCAACGAGAUUCGACAAUACCCACUGUUAUGGGAUCACAAACUCAAAGAUUAUCGCAAUAAAGAAAGAAAAGAACUAAUCUGGAUAAAAAUAUCGAAUAGUAUAGGAUACGACGUUAAUACUAUCAGACAUCGAUGGAAAUGUCUGCGUGAUAGAUAUGUUAGGGAGUGCAAGGCUCUAAAAUCAAAAAAUAGGAGUGGCUCUGAAGCUACAACUCCAAAAUUUGGAUUGUAUGAGGAAUUAUCUUUUUUAAGAGAUACAGUUAGUCAUCGACCGACCACGAGCAAUAUAAUUGAUGAGCCUUCACUCCCUAUCGAAGACACAAUGGAGUCAUUUAAUGACUCCAUAAAUUUUGAUGAAUCAUUAAAUGAAGAAGCUGCAUGCAGCAGCCAACUUGUAGAUGGUGGAGAGAUUUUAGAACCUCCACUUAAAAAGCAAAAGAAAAAAGACAUCGAUUCAAAAUUGUCGACUUAUUUAGAUUUGGCAGCAGCAGCACGAUUAAAAUCACGGAGCCAAACAUCAGAUGAUGAACACUUUCUACUAAGUCUCCGUGAUGACUUUGGUGCUGUACCACGGGAAAAAAAAAAAUGA